AUGGCGAGCGCGGCUCCCGCGCAGCCUUGUGAGGCGGAGGCGGGUGGGGAGCGCGGCGGCGGGCGGGAGCGGACGGAGGUCGUCGAGGAGCAGGGCGCGGCGGCCGGGGAUGCGAAGGCGAUGGAGGUGUCAGGCGGGGCCGGGGCGGCCGCCGCUGCGGCGCUGCUGGGGGAGACGGGGCUGGCGCUGGGCUGCUGCAUCGCGGCGGCGCUGAGCUGGGAGCGGCCCCUCCGCAGCCUGGGCGCCUUCGUCUGCGCCAACCUGCUCUUUUGGUUUGUUGCACUAACCUCUUGGAGAGUGUAUCAUCUGACUUCUCUCAUAAUACUUGGAGUGCUAGUUCUUCAGAUAAUAAAGGAUUUGGUAUUUUCAAGAAUAAAAGGUGCACGGCUCUGGAGGACCAUCACUGGCAACUGGAAAGUCAUUGAUUCCAGGCAAGACUACAGACCCAGAAUAAAUCAGUGCAUUUCAGAAGCACUGAUGAAUCUUUUUGUAUUUCUUCAAGAAAUGUCCCACUUCAAGGAACAAAACCCUGGCAAGUUUUGCCUACUAGUCUGCAGUGUAUGUACAUUUUUCACUGUGUUGGGGAGUUACAUUCCUGGAGUUGUCCUCUCCUAUGUCCUGCUACUGUGUGCCUUUUUAUGUCCUUUCCUUAAGUGCAAUGAAUUGGGACAGAAAGUAUGCAGCAAAGUAAAGACAGUUGUGAUGAAACUAGAUUUUGGAGUAGUGGAAUAUAUCAAUCAGAUGAAAAAAGAGAGAUCUGAAACAGCAAAAACAAAACCCACAGAGGAUGACAGUGAAUUAGACAUAUCAGCCCUAUGUCCUAAGGUUAGUCCUGCAGUUGUUGCUAAAGAGCUUUCAGUGUCUGACACCGAUGUAUCAGAAGUAUCGUGGACCGAUAAUGGGACCUUUAAUUUAUCUGAGGGGUAUUCUCCACAAACAGACACAUCUGAUGAUUUCGACCGACCUAGCGAUCAUGAAGAAGCUUUUGCUAGAGAUCUUACAGAAUUUCCUUCUUUAGAAAAUGGCGCUGGAACAAAUGAUGAUGAUGACUCAAGCAUCAGUAUGCCCAUCCAGCAGAAACUAAAAAAAGAACAAACUUAUUUCAAGGUGGAUCAUGCUUCCAGACAGAGGAAAGAGAGACCGUCCACUGCAGGACUCUCCUUGCCUUUGACCAGUGACCAAACCUUUAAUUUAAUGAGUGGAAUUGCUGGGGAUGUCAUCGCAGCUGCGGUGUCUGCUGCCAUCAAAGACCAGUUGCAGUCCACACAGCAAGAUCCCUCACAUGCAGUGCCCAGUUUGAGUGAGGAGACAGACACAGAGGAAGGUGAUGAUUUUGAACUGCUUGACCAGUCUGAGCUUGAGCAGAUUGAGAAAGAAUUGGGACUUUCACAAGGCCAAGAAGCAGAAUCCCAAGAUAAGAAGAAAUCUUCAGGCUUCCUUUCAAAUCUGCUUGGAAGUCAUUAACCUGAAAAUAGCAGCUGGUAACAUAGAAGAAAUUAAAUGCAAAACACAUUAAAAAAAUCAAAUGCAAAAAAGCAAAGAGGAAAUUCUGAGCUGUAAGCUUUAACUGUCCCUUAGAUGUGUUAUAAUAUUUUCCCUUAUGCAGAGUGAAUUAACUGGAUAAAUAUCAGCUGAUACUGAUAGUUUAAUGUUUUUGGUAGUUAUACCUCAGUGUAAUAGCAUGGAAAUGAAUUAUCUGUCCACUGUUUGGUCGGUGAUGAGUGUUGGAGCGGUCAGUUGUUUAAAAGACUUGGGGUGAGGAGUCUUUUUAUCUUUUUGCCAAUCGUGUAUUUUGGGGUCCUGAGCCAAAUUUUCAACACUGGCAGUUUGUUUACUCUUGGUUGCCAACCAUGUAAUACAAUUGGUGAUUCACACAGUCAGUGUAAAUUAUCAAAGGAUUGCAAGAGAUUAACUAAAUAUCACCUCCUUCAAUCAGACUGAAAAGUAUGAAUCCCUGCAGUUAGCAUUACAUGUAGUGCAUCUAUAAUACACCAAACACAUUAACCAGCACAAUUCUAUUUAAAUAUGUGUGCAGCACUAUCAAAGAACUUGAUUUGAAUUGUUUUGGAUAUGGUGAUGCAUUUCCAAGUUUUUGCUGUUUUAAGCUUGUAGAGUUGUAAAGUGGCAUGCUGUUUGACUGAUCACCUACUGUGUUCCUUGAUAGAGUCUGGUCCUUGGCAGUAUUGCCCACAUAAAGUCAGCCAACACAUCCUUAUAUUUAGGAGUUAAUAUCAUGUAGGCCAAACAACCUUCUUGGGAGCAGGUGAGGGUAAUUAUUGUUUGGAAUAGAGGCUAGAGUUUAAAAAACAAAAUAAAAGGCAUUUUUAGGUUCAACUUUCUUAACUCAAAAUUCUGUGGGAUUUGGUUGGUUUUUUGUUUUGGUUUGGUUUUUUGUUUUGUUUUCCCCAGGACAGCUGCCAUCAUUGCAACAAAAGGUGUGUUGCAAGCUGAAUCUUUUAAGAUACUUAAAAGUAUUCAGUGAGGUCAUUUGUGAUAGAAGACACUGGGAAUCUUCUUGGCAUGUAAUUUAAAGCAAACAAAAAAGAUCUUUUUAAAAUUAUUUGCCAGUUUAAACUCUACACACACUCAGUGAGUGGCAUCAGAUCUUAAACAGGUAACUUAUUUGACUUUUUCUAGGGCUUUUUUGUUCACUUGUGACAAAAUGGGCUGUAGUCAAAUAAAUAGGAAGAAUUAAAGCUAGUUUUUUUAAUGUGAUGUAAACUGCUAGCAAAAUUGAGGGACCAUGUCAGCUGCUACUACUACUCAAGUGAUUUUCCAUGUGCUGGCAUUUGAAGAGGUGAAUAUUGUCAUCUAGGACCCUCAGAAAGUACAGCAACAGAUUAAAAAUCUUCCACUAACAUAUAUGUGUAGGUAAACCUGUGUUUAAAGUGAACUCAGUUUGAAUUCAUUUUUCUUUCUGGGGUGAAAAAACUAGGCAGAUGGCCAUAAAGACUGUGGCCAAAACAGAAAUGCUGAUAAUUUUUGACACUGGCUUUGUCGUUGCUCAUGCUUUUGUGUCAGUAACGCGUAUUGAGGGUGUUUGCUGUCCUUUACCAGUAAAAAAGCAAGCCUGUGCCUUCAUUAUCAAAUCCAUUACAAAUUAAGUGGAUGCUGGAUCUAGAUCCCACAAGAUGCAGGUUUUGAAAUUACAACAUCUUAGCAUUAAAAGCAAGUUUCUGGAAAUUAUUUACAAACAUGGCCACAUUACUCCUUUAGCACUGGUUGUUAAGUUUCCUUUUUUGCUUCCCCCAGCCUGUCCUUCUUAUCUGAAAAAUAAAAGAAGCUGUUGCCGGGAAAUCAGUCCCUUUAAAUGCCAUUUCAAUUUCUCAAAUGAGUUAAAAGCCUGGUUUCCUUGCUGCAUGUUUAGGACAAUCUUUACAGCUAGAAGAGUACAACUUCCAAGUUGUUGAUGAAACGUUGUACGACAGCCAGACAACUGUGUGCUUCCUUGUACAGGAGUGCUGGUGCUAGGAGGGAAACAGGCUGUGGGAUAGGCAGAGGCAGGAGGAAGAGAGGGAGGGAGCAGUCAGGAUUGGUGGGAGAGACUCACUGACUGUCAGUGGUGGCAUUAUAACAGUGUGCACUUUAUUGUUGUUUUAUGAAGAAUCUUUGUGGUUCUAGACGUAUGUAAUGUGGAGGCACUCUUCUAAAACAAUAGAUUAGAUCAAGAAGGAAAAGCAGUUGGAGUUUCUUGGACUUUUUGUCAAUGAUCCAUUUUCUGGUUUCAAGAUAGAAAAAUAGAAUGAAUUUUCUGCAGUACAAUUCUCUAUUUAUUUUUUUCCAGAAAGUAAAACAAAGCAAAACUUGAACAAGCAAAUAAUUAAGGUUUAGGGGCAUAAUUUCUUAUUUGAGUGUCUUUAUAAUUUUAUUUUUCUGUUCUCAUGGUAGUUAUAUUUAAGCCCCUGAAUUCUGUGUAAUGGGAAGGAGGUAAUUUGCACCAUUUAAUAUUCCUCCUCAGGUGGUGUAAAGCUGUUUAGUUUUGAAACUACGUUUUCCCUCCCGAACAACCACACAUAAGAAACACUUUGAUUGGACACAAUACAUUCCACUGCCAGCAGUUUGACAGCAGAACACAAAGAAAACGUUUCUCUGCUUUGUCAGAUCCCUUCCACACUUCCUUCAGUUGGAGUUGUUGCCCUUCGAGAAACCUUUAUUUUUACAUAUUCUAGCAGCAGCAGCAAAAUAGCAGUUACUUAAAUAUUCCCACCACAGUGGUCCACAGCAUCUUUCCUACUCAAGCACUGGUCGUCAUCUUCCCAUCUUCCAACACUGAAGACACAGAGAGGAAGAAAGGCAAGCAAGUGUGAGGUAGCACAUAGCUUUGAAACAUGAAUUUGUUCCGUGGAAAGCCUGCUUUCAUGCCAUUUCCAGUCAAAAGACAGCACAGGCGAAAAAGAGGGCAAGGUCAGAGUGUGGAUUUUUAAGCAAGCACCUUUGGAGUAAUGCAGUGUGUGAUCUUGCUGUGGGAUGAGUUCUGCCUGCCUUACCUGAUGUGUUCUUACCUGGCAGUAAGUUGAGGAUACCAUGUAUUUUUGCAGUAGUACGGUGAAAGCGCACACCCUCCCUCACCUUGCACUGGCUUCUUCAUCCAUCCCUGCUGGAAGGGAACAGCUCGUGUCAGGACUGUGGGAUGCAGUGCAGUCCUCUGUGCUUGGAAAAUUUGCACAAGGAACUCCUCCUUUGUAACUCCUCCUCUGUUUCCUCCUUUGCACGAGGAACUCCUGAGUGACCAACAGAGUGGCUGUCAUGGGAUCAGUGGCCUUCAGCGUGUCAAACCCAGAAUAAAAGUACCCAUCUCCAGCACACAGGACUUUUCAUGUGUCUGCACUACAUGCCUAGCUACCAUUCUUCAGUUUGUUUGUGGAAAAAAAUAAAUAUUCUAUGCAGAGAAGGGGAAAUAAUUUUAACCCAAAGUAAUAGGAUCUAAAGAAAUACUAGGUUUUACUUUGUUUUUUGUUCGUUUUGCACUUUUUUUCAGACUGUGUAAGCUGUCUGAACAAACUCCCUGUGUCUCGCCGUCUGUUCUCAGCACAUGAGCAGCAGCAUAACAGUCUGUAACCACCACCUAUCCGGGUAACCAGAAACUGGAAAAUUACAAAAUGUCUUUAUUUAAAAUAUUUUGCAGCACUUUACCUAGCCUGAUUACUAUUUUGUAAACAUGGAAUUAUUAUAUUGAUUGUUCGUAAAACCAUUUAAUAAAUAUGUGUUAGUUUUUAUCUUUCA